AUGCCUGGUCGUCUUGAAGGAAAGAUCGCUCUCGUCUCGGGCUCUACUCAGGGUUUCGGCCGUGGCAUUCUCGAGACUUUUAUCCGCGAGGGUGCCCUUGUCCUGGGCAUGGAUCUUCAAGCCCAGGAUGGUCCUGUUGACGGCUACACCGAGAAACGGGCCUACCAGAUUAAAGCCAACGUUGCCGAUGAGGCCAGCUGGGUCAAGGCUCUUGAAACUUCGAUCGCCCGCUUCGGCCACGGUCCCUCCAUUGUGGUCCACAACGCCGGUUGGUCUUACCCCAACAAGUCCGGUGUGGAGGUCACCAUCGACGAGUUCAACCGUCUCUUUGACGUCAACGUCAAGAGCGUCUACCUUGCCUCCAAGAUCCUCAUCCCCGAGAUGAAGAAGAACGGCCCUGGCUCCACCGUCGUUAUCUCGAGCGAGAACGCCAUCCGGCCUGGUGCUACUCAGACAUGGUACAACGCCACCAAAGCUGGCGUUUCUUCAGCUACAAAGUCCAUGGCCCUUGAGUAUGCCAAGGACCAGCUCCGCUUCAACACCAUCUGCCCUACCUCAGGCAACACCCCUCUGCUCAACAAGUUUGCCGGUAUUGCCGACGGCCCUGUGCCUGAGGACAUCAUCAAGGCUAAAUGUGCCGCCAUCCCCAUCGGCCGCCUUGUCGAGCCUUCAGAUGUCGCCAAUGUUGCCCUUUUCUUGGCUGAGCCUGCCAGUUCCAUCAUCAGUGGGAUUGAGAUUCUUGUCGAUGGCGCCCGCUGUGUGUAG